CUCCUGGCCUGGCAGCUUGUGGGCUGGUGUUCCAUCGUGCUGUGGACAGCCGUCUUGUGUACCCUAAUGUUUGGCAUCAUGCGAUUGGCUGGGAUCUUCAGAGUCAACCUUGACAUGGAGAAGAAAGGACUGGACAUCCCCAAGCAUGGAGAGCCAGCUUACCCGUUGGAGUCCUACGGUCAUGGAUAUAUUGAACAGAUCCUCAUUGUUGCUGAAAACGGGCAGUUGUUAUCUUCAGAUUUAGGUUACCCCAAUGGUCACACCCCAGAUGGAAAAGAUGUUGGCCCUUACGAAACUCCAGAACUAAAAGUCAUGAACCACAAUCACGCAGGCUCUAAAUCGGACCUCCAUGACAACAACCCCUAUGCUGUCCCACCAAGAUCCAUGGGACAUAUCAACUCUGCUUUCUACGAUGGGGUUGAGAGAACAGCGUUGUAA